ACAUUCACUCUUUGGGGAUCUCUCAAGCAAGACUUAACUGACUUCCAGAGACGCAACUUUUGGAUCUUUUUUUUUUUCGUUGGACAACUGCUAGAAUCUUUCUGAGGAGACAUGGUGGCUGCUGGUUUACAGAUGUUGGGCAUCGCCCUCUGCAUUAUCGGAUGGAUUGGGACCAUCGUCGUCUGCGCCCUGCCCCAGUGGAAAGUGACGGCCUUCAUCGGCCAGAACAUUGUGACUGCUCAAACGACUUGGGAGGGCAUCUGGAUGAGCUGUGUGGUUCAGAGCACGGGCCAGAUGCAGUGCAAGGUUUACGACUCCAUGCUGGCGCUCACCACUGACCUCCAGGCUGCCCGCGCCCUCAUCAUCAUCGCCAUUCUGAUCGGCAUCCUUGGAGUCCUCCUGUCCAUCGCAGGGGGCAAGUGCACCAACUGCGUGGAGGAUGAGAGCUCCAAAGCUAAAAUCGGUGUGGCGUCUGGUGUGAUCUUCAUCCUCGCUGGUGUGAUGUGCCUCAUCCCCGUGUGCUGGACGGCGAACACCGUCAUUAACGACUUCUACAACCCUCUUACAAUGGGCUCCCAGAAAAGGGAGCUCGGAGCUGCGCUCUUCAUCGGCUGGGGGGCCGCAGGCCUCCUCAUCGUGGGCGGUGCUCUCCUCUGUGCCAACUGCCCUCCCAAGGAUAACUACUCCGCCAAGUACUCAGCUGCCCGUUCAUCUGGGCCCAAGGACUACGUCUGAGGAGGAACGACAGGGGGACUGACAAGACACUUUAAUCAAAUGCUUUUACGGCUCGUGAAAUUAAUUCACACUGCCGGAAUGAGCAUGGUUUGAAUUUCACAGAUCACAGCUUGUUUUUGACGCUUUCAUGUUGAGUUACGGCACUUCAGGAUUUGAUUCAUCAUCGGCACGACAAAGAGACACGCACCACACCCACAACAACUCCUCCUCUGUGGACUGAGAGUCGAAGUGAUUGAAUCAAUGAGAGUGCAAAAAAAAAAAAAAAAAAAAAAAAAGAAGAAGAAAAAGAUACAUAGAGAUAUUGGAGCAACAUUUAACAUGUCACUGAAUUUGUAUUACUUUUAGAUAUCAUUUCAUUUUAUUGUGUGAGUAAUUUGUGACUGUCCGAAUCUGUAAAUAAAGAUUUUUUUUGUAUCAACAUCUAA